AUGCGAUCUUUAGCGCCCAUCGUCAAACGGAAACCACUGAAAAGUAAAAAGGUGACUCAAGAUGUUAUGGAGUUCGUCGAAUUCAAAAAGAAAUGCAAGCCAAGUAUUUAUGCUAGAGAAAUUCGCGAAGAACUCUUGGUUAAUAACAUUUGUACAAAUGAUAAUGUUCCAUCUGUCUCGACAGUAAAUCGUGUUGUGAAAAAUGAUCUUGGGAUGUCGUACAAGAAGCUGACAAAAAUUCCCCAGGAAACCGAGAGAGUUAACCACGAUGAUCUUGUUGUUCGGUAUCUUGCGAAAAUGAUGGAGUUUACACCUCAACAAAUGCACUUUUUUCAUGAAUCCUCUGUGCUUACUACAUCUGGAAACAGAGCUUACGGACAUAGCGAUUUCGGGACCAGGGCAAUAGAAACUCAGAAAUUUGCAAGUAACAGCACAUUGACUGUUAAUGUUUGUUGUGGCUUCUUUGGGAUCAAUUAUUAUAACAUUCUGAACGGAGCGUCCAAUGCUAUGGAGAUGGUGAAUUUUUUUGACGAGGCAUUGGAAGAGCGGAAUGAAUUGGGAAAUCCUAUGUUUGCGCGCGGGGAUGUGAUUGUAAUGGAUAACUGUGGGUUUCAUCACCAGCACCAGGGCGAGAGAAUUCUGCGUCACCUACUUGACCAACAUGGCGUCACUUUGGUUUUUCAACCACCUUAUUCACCACAAUAUAAUGUUACUGAAUGUGUUUUCCAAAUCAUGAAACGGCGUUUGCAAUAUAACUCUGCAAUGGUCGAGAAUUUCCUAGAGCUAGCUAUUGUAGAUGCUCUUGAUUUCCCUGCUUCGUUCAUGUCUGGAUUUUUCCGACAGUGUGGAUAUGUAUAAUCACGGAAGGUAAAGCAUCAUAAAUAUACUGUUCAUAACAACAUUGCAUAUAUAUGUGUGUAAUAACCCAUGUGUUCAACGAGUAUCUGAUCUUUAUUAAAUGCUUAAAACUUAAACGUAAAA